AUGGCCAGCACAGUACGCCCCAGCACCACAGCUGGAACCCCAGAGCUGCCUGCACUGUCAGAGCGCAUCCAAAAUCCUGCUGACAUCUCUGUCAUUGUCAUCUAUUUUGUGGUGGUGACAGCUGUUGGGCUGUGGGCAAUGCUGAGGACCAACCGAGGCACAAUUGGAGGUUUCUUCCUGGCUGGUCGAGAAAUGGCCUGGUGGGCAAUGGGUGCAUCCCUCUUUGCCAGUAAUAUUGGCAGUGGUCACUUUGUGGGACUGGCUGGAACAGGAGCAGCUUCAGGAAUUGCUGUUGUAGCAUUUGAAUCUCAUGCCUCACCACUAUUGCUGGUUCUAGGGUGGUUCUUUGUCCCCAUCUACAUCAAGGCAGGGGUGGUAACCAUGCCAGAAUACCUCAAGAAGAGGUUUGGUGGGAAUCGACUACAGGUCUACCUCUCCGUCCUCUCCCUCUUCAUGUGUGUAGUUUUGAGAACUUCUGCAGACAUAUUUUCUGGGGCCAUAUUUAUAAAGUUAGCUUUGGGACUGGACCUCUACCUGGCGAUAUUCAUCCUCUUGGCUAUCACUGCUGUUUAUACCAUCACUGGGGGCUUGACCGCAGUGAUUUACACAGACACUCUCCAAGCUGGCAUCAUGUUGCUUGGCUCUUGUAUUCUCAUGGUGUUUGCCUUUGUUGAAGUUGGAGGCUAUGAGAGCUUUACAGAGAAGUACAUGAAUGCCAUCCCAUCUGUAAUUGAGGGGGACAAUCUGACCAUCAACCCCAGGUGCUACACUCCGCAGGCAGACUCCUUCCACAUAUUCCGAGAUGCUGUCACUGGGGAUAUUCCAUGGCCAGGGACAGUAUUUGGAAUGACCAUUACGGCUGUGUGGUUCUGGUGCACAGAUCAGGUCAUUGUACAGCGUUGCUUAUCUGGCAAGGACAUGUCUCAUGUAAAGGCGGCCUGCAUCAUGUGUGGUUAUUUAAAGCUGCUGCCCCUGUUCUUAAUGGUGAUGCCAGGAAUGAUCAGCCGUAUUCUGUAUACAGAUAUGGUGGCCUGUGUUGUACCUUCGGAGUGUGUAAAACACUGUGGUGUCGAUAUUGGCUGCACUAACUAUGCCUACCCAACAAUGGUGCUGGACCUGAUGCCUGCUGGACUGCGAGGCCUGAUGCUGUCAGUCAUGGUGGCCUCUCUCCUGAGCUCCAUGACCUCCAUCUUCAACAGCGCCAGCACCCUCUUCAGCAUAGACCUCUAUACCAAGGUGCGGAAGCAGGCAUCAGAGAAAGAGCUCCUGAUAGCUGGACGGCUAUUUGUUAUUGUGUUAAUUGUCCUCAGCAUUCUAUGGGUCCCAUUAGUAGAGGUGUCUCAAGGUGGACAACUGAUCCAUUACACAGAAGCAAUUGCCAGCUACCUUGGACCUCCAAUUGCAGCUGUCUUCCUGCUUGCCAUUUUCUGUAAACGAGUUAAUGAACAAGGAGCAUUCUGGGGUCUGAUGAUUGGACUUAUAAUGGGCCUUAUUCGCAUGAUUCCAGAGUUGGUCUAUGGAACAGGAACUUGUCUGGCUCCCACAAACUGUCCUCAAAUUAUUUGUGGAGUGCACUAUCUGUACUUUGCCAUCAUUCUCUUUUGUGUGUCUGCAAUAGUUGUCCUGGGAAUUUCCUUUCUAACAAAACCCAUUCCUGAUGUAAAUCUGUAUCGCCUGUGCUGGGCUCUUCGGAACAGUGAAGAGGAACGAAUUGAUUUAGAUGCAGAUGAGAAAAGGCCAGAAGAAACCGAAGAUGCUGUUGAAGAAGAUCAUCCCGAGAAAUCUCGUGGGUGUAUCAGGAAGACUUACGAGUUAUUCUGCGGUUUGCAGAAGACAGGGCCCAAGUUGACCAAAGAAGAGGAAGAAGCCCUUAACAAGAAGCUCACAGACACAUCAGAGAAGCCCUUGUGGAAAACGAUAGUGAACAUCAAUGCCAUCACCCUCCUGGCUGUGACAGUUUUUUUCUAUGGCUACUUUGCCUGA